CGCGACUUCUCGCCUUCCCUUAUGCGUUUUCGCUCUUUUUUUUUCUUUCCUAAAAAAAAAAGAUUGCAGCGUCAUUUUAUUGAUUGCCUACAGGAUUCACUGGAUUCUCCCUAAUAAAGAGGGAAAAAUCAAAUUCUCUGCAGGUGUUUGUUGUAUCAGAGCAGCAUGGCUGUGGUCAUCCGCUUGCAAGGUCUGCCUAUAGUGGCUGGGACCAUGGAUAUUCGGCACUUCUUCUCUGGAUUAACCAUUCCUGACGGUGGCGUACAUAUUGUAGGGGGUGAGCAGGGUGAAGCUUUCAUCGUUUUUGCCACCGAUGAAGAUGCUCGACUUGGUAUGAUGCGCACAGGUGGUACAAUCAAAGGGUCAAAAGUGUCACUGUUGUUGAGCAGUAAGACUGAAAUGCAGAACAUGAUUGAACUUAGCCGCAGGCGCUUUGAGACUGCCAGUGUUGAUAUCCCACCUGCAAAUUCUAGCCGCCCUGGGCCUCCACCAAAUCCAACAAUGAGCACUACUCCUGUAAUGAGCAGAGUUAGUAUGCCAACAACUGUGCCCAACUAUAGCAGUCCUCCCGCUAGCACAGUCUCUACAGUUACCUCUGCUGUUGAUAGCAGUAAGAGUGUCGCCACUUUCUCUACAGCCAAUGUUGGAAAUGCUCCACAGAGUCUUGGUGGAGCUUUCUGCAAUCCAACUUUUACUUCUCCGAUGCCCAGUGUUGCUCCUCAGUUGCCAUCUGUACCACCACCUCCAAUGCCUCCAAUGCCAUCAGUACCAACCCUACCACCAAUGCCAUCCAUGCCUCCUAUGCCUGUUCCUCCUCCUGUGUCUUCCUUGCCUCCAGUCCCUCCUAUUCCCCCAAUACCGCCAGUUCCACCAGUACCACCUAUGUCUUCUCUUCCUCCAUUGACUGGAAUACCACAAUUAAAUCCACCACCUGUUGGUCCCUUGCCUGCAGGGAUGAAUGGCUCUGGGUCCCAGAUGAAUAGUAACAUUAACCCGUUGUUUCUUGGUCCUGUAAAUCCAAUUCCAUUAAGUCCUCAAAAUUCAAUGAAACCACCUCCACCUCCUCUUAACCAUGAUGACCCAUAUGUAGCGCUUCAUGGUUUGCCUAUUCCUGUGUUAGAGAAUGAUAUAAAAGAGUUUCUUCGUGGUUUGCGUAUAGACGGGCUGGUCCUUUUAAAGGAUCAUAUGGGUCGCCCCACAGGCGGGGCAUUGGUGAAGCUUCUUACUCCACAUGACACAUAUGAAGCUUUAAAACGGAAUAGAAUGCUAAUGGGACACCAUUUUAUCGAAGUUAACCCAGCAAGUGAGAGACAGUGGGUAAUGUCUGGUGGACACAUGGGGAAACACAGUGCAGGACACCAUGGACCACUGCAUAUGAUGCAACCACCAAUGGGCAGGUCCAAAUCGCCUAACCGUCGGCGUCGUUCCAGGUCUAGGUCUCCACAUGAGCAUGGUUUCUGCAUUUAUUUGAAAGGCCUUCCCUAUGAGGCGGAAAACAAACAUGUGGUUGAUUUCUUUAAGAAACUGGACAUUAUUGAGGACAGCAUAUAUAUAGCUUAUGGACCCGGUGGUAAGGCUACUGGAGAAGGUUUUCUGGAAUUUAGAAAUGAAAAUGAUUUUAAAACUGCACUAAAUCGGCAUAAACAAUAUAUGGGCAAUCGAUUUAUCCAAGUUCACCCUGUUACAAAAAGUCAAAUGAUAGAAAAGAUAGACAGUAUCAGGAAAAAAAUGCAGAGUUUCAAUUAUGUUGAUCAUAAAGAUUUGUCACUUGAAAUGGAGCAUCGCCCUAGACUGUGGGGACACCUUUCAAAUUUGCCAUAUAACAUAUCUAGGAAAGAUGUAUUUCAUUUCUUUAAUUUAGAAGGAGUUGCUGUGGAAGAGAACAGUGUGCAUGUCUUGAUAGAUAACAAUGGCCAAGGCUUAGGACAGGCGCUUGUUAAGUUUAGGAGUGAAGACGAUGCUCGUAAAUCUGAGCGCCUAAAUCGUAAGAAGUUAAAUGGUAGAGACGCUUUUUUGCGUGUGGUGAGUAACGAAGAACGGAAAGACAUUGAAGUCAAUCCUCCCAUAAUAGGUAGGAAGGGAUUUAAAAUGCAAAACUAUAGUAACCCACCUGAGGCACUGCGGUCCAGUGGAGAUGAAUUUUCCUUUAUUAACAGUAACAUAAAUGACAACGAUGGUCAGAACUUUCUUAUGCCCAGUAAAUUCAGUGGACCAAGUAGUACCUUUGCUCCUCCUCUUCCCCCACCUGCAAUGGGAAUUGGAUUUGUAGAUCCAAGACCACCACCACCUGGAGCAUCAAAUGUGAAAAACUCUCCCAUUGAUCCCCCAGAAUUUGUGGGCGGGCCAAGUCAUUUUAAUGCCCCCCCCACUGGAUUUGCAGCUGGUCCUCCACCGUUUGGUAGCGGACCUGCCAAUGCAAGUGCCCCACCAAACUUCAACACAGCACCUCCAAAUAUACCAGGUAGUCCUGGCGGUAUGAAUCCCCCUCCUGGUUUUGGUCCAGGAGGAAAUCUGCCAGUUAGUGGACCGCCAGGCUUUGGAAAUGGGUCUGCGCAACCAGGGCCAACAGUAAUCCGGAUCCAAAACAUGCCCUUCACAGUUACUGUAGAUGAAAUACUAGAUUUCUUUUAUGGUUACCAGUUGAUACCUGGUUCUGUGUGCUUAAAGUACAGUGAGAAGGGUAUGCCUACAGGAGAAGCCAUGGUUGCUUUUGAAUCCCGCGACGAGGCAAUGGCAGCUGUGGUUGAUUUAAAUGACCGGCCAAUGGGCUCAAGAAAAGUGAAACUGGUUUUAGGUUAAUACAUUCCUACAUUUCUAUAUGACUACACUAUGUUUUCUACUGUGACUGACAGACAUUUACAGGGCAAGGCAUCUACAUUUUGUUGAUUUAGGUGAAUUGUGUAAUGCGUUUGCAGAACAAAUCACUGUUUAGGGCAUGCUUUGGUUACUUCAGAACUUGGUAAGGCAACUGAUUUAGUUGUUUCUUUUCCUUGUCUUUUUGGCAGUGUUAAUUCUGAUUAAGUAUAUAUUUUUACAUUGAAAUGUAUUGUUUGAUGAACACUUUGUGAAAGUGAAACAAGUCAAUUUUUGUAAAUGUGCAAAUUGUACAACAUAGCACCUUCAGAUCAACAACAUUCAAUAAUGCUCUUUACCAAAAUUCUGCCUGAAAAAUUUGCAAACCAGGUCUUUGUACAGUGGAAAUAACUUAUAUAUUUUUUUUCUUGUAUGGUAUAUGGAAUACAAAUUUUGCCACAAGCUACUAAGAAUACACAGGCGUUGUAAUUUCUGCAUUUUUUCUAUGUGUUAACUAUCAAGGUGUUCUGAUCCUGUAUCUCAUGAGUUAUUGCAGCGCUGUGAAAAAAAAAUCUAUUUUGCUGACAGUCUUGCCUUUUUAGGUGGUGUAGAGGCAAUUAAUUUUAAAAGGGUCAGCUGACUCUUCCUCCCCCCCCCCCCCCCCCCCUUUUCCCCACGGGCUCAAAUUGGUUUAAAACAGGGAUGCUCAACCUGCGGCCUUUCAGCUGUUGCAAAACUACAACUCCCAACAUGUCCUAAUAGCUGUAUGCUGUCCAGGCAUAUUGGGAGUUGUAGUUUUGCAACAGCUAGAGGGCUGCAGGUUUCGCAUCCCUGGUUUAAAAAAAAAAAAUUUGAUUCCCCCUGCUACCUCCAUUUCAACACUUCCUGAGGCCUUCCUGGUCUCUCUUUUGUGUUACCGCUAGCUGUGGCCAGUGAUUGGCUGAGCAAGAAGGACCAGGAAGUGUGGGAACACGUGAGACAAGAAUCGUACUGUAAAGAAAAAUAUUUUUCACCAGUCGAACA